CGUAUUGCCAUCUCCGCCUCCCUCCUCUCCAUCAGCCUUGCCUCAUUUACACCCAUGAAAUGACGGUCGCCCUGACUCCGCCUUCGCCGCCGGUGCCGGUCAAGCCGCGGGCGCGGGCAGCGCCGCGGCGCGCGCUGGCCCUGCUAGCCGGAGCCCUGACUGCGAUGGCCGGCUUGCUGGUGUUGCUCUACAUGCCGGCCUUUUGCGGGGACUUCUUCACCCUCGGCCAGGCCCCCGGGGCCGGGGGCACGCCCGCCUUGCGGAUUUUGGUGGUCGGCGAUCCGCAGAUCCCCGGCGAGUCGCAGGCGGCUCGUGCUGAUCACCCGGGCUUGGCACUUCUGGACCAGCGCCUGAACGACCAGUACAUGGUCUUCGUAACGCGAGCCGGCCUGGCCGCCGCGGCUCCCACCCACCAGCUGGUUGUGGGGGAUCUCCACAGCUCGGAGCACAUUUCCACCAGGGACUUCGCCGCGCGGGCCCAGCGUAUCAUGCAGAUCUUCGGCCCCGGGGACCCGGCUGUGCUGGCGCCCGCAUGGUCCACGGCGGCUGUCCUCGAGACCGAUGGCGGUCUUCGGUCCGGGCGGACGCUCUACAUGGUGGGCAAUCAUGAUGUGGGCUAUGCCGGGACCCUGUCGGACCCCAUGCUCAAGGCCUUUGAGCGGCACUAUGGCGCGGUCAACCGGCUGAUCGAGCUGCGGGCCGGGCCCGAGUCCGGCCCCCGGGUCCCCUCGUCUCCUGGCCGGCCGGGCCGGCAUCCGUUGGCCUUUUUUGGGGCUCUCCUUCGGACGGCCUGGCCCGGCCCCGUGCCCUCGAGCUCCGGGCCCCGGGCCACGGCCGGCGCUCCCUCCCCCCCGGCGGGUUCGCAAUUCCCGGUGCGCCUGCUCCUGGUGUCGGUCAAUGCCCUGGUGCUCGAUGGCGCCGGGCCCUGCCACCAGUAUGACGAGCUGCUGGCCGAGAUGCCUCCCCCGGCUCCGCCUGCAGGGCCUUGGGGCUCCGGAUGCACGGUAUGCGGGGGACUGGACCCGACCCGAGUCGCGGCCGACACGGCCGACUGCCUGGCCCCACGGAGUGUCCGGUGCACCCGGCUGCCGAUCGAGCAGGCCCCCCCGCUGGUCCCCAUCGACCUGGCUCAGGGGUUCCACCCGAGGCCCCCGACGGCUGGCCGGGCUCGCGCUUGUAAUCGGACCCUUGUCCCUGGCCAUCACAAGUACCAAGCUUGGCUGACGGUUUUGCGUGCGGCGGCCCUGGUCCGGUAUGGGACCCCGGACACGCGACGCCUGUUUGCCGAUCCGGCGGUGGCCCCCCUGCUGGAGCCCUUCCCGGAGGCUCUCUUUGCACUUCCGGCGCCGAGUGAUUGGCCGGAUGACGGGCCGAAGGGCGGCCACCGGCCCUGGCGCGCGAUUCUCCUGACGCAUAUCCCUCUCCACAAAGCGGCCGGCCAUUGCACCGACGCGCCACAUAUGCGGACUUUUUCGCAUACCGGCGAUGUCGCGGUGCAAAAUUUCCUCUCCGAGGACACAAGCAGCCGACUGCUCGGCCUCCUUCGGCCGCUGGCGAUCGUGGCCGGCCACGAUCACGAGGGGUGUCGUUUUGUACACCACUUGCCAGAGGGCGGCUGGGACGCCCCUAAUGGGGGCGCUCCCACCGCCGGGCAUCGGAGUGGCAGCGACCCGGCAGUGGCGCCUGAGUUCACCGCUCGGUCGAUCAUGUCCGACUACUCCGGCAGCAUUGGCUUGCUGAGUUUGCGCCUGGUGCCGGAGGACAAGGCUCCCGCCGACCGGCCGGCGGCCAAAGCAUCGGAAGGCCCGGCACUGCCCUCGCCGCCGCACCCCCUCGGGCAGAAAGUGGCCGCUGUGCGGCGUCUUCUCCCCGGGGCGCUGUCCCCGGCGGCGAUCCUCCAGCAGCCCCUGGGCCAUGCGGGCCUUGCGCUGGAGGUGGGCUUCACCGAGUGCAGCUUUUGGCACUUUAUCAUCCUCCGGGUCUUCCUUGUGGUGUGGCUGAUAGUCCUGGCGGUGCAGACCCUGGUAUGGCUGGUCUGCUAGGCGCGGCGUAGGGCGUAUGUGUGUGCUUGUAGGAUUCCAAAAGAAAAGACAAACAAAACGUCGA